AUGACGCAGAGAAUGCCGUCUCAAGGAUCUGGCAAAGCAUCCUGGAAUUCCAAUGUCUGGGUCUAUACCCCACCCGCACAGAGAACAUUGCUUAUUGUACAGUCAUUUUUCAUGCUCCUGCUCCUCGCGGGAUUGCUCAUUGUGUCUGUUGGGAUUUGUAUCUUGAAGAGAUCAAGAAGAGAUGCACUGAAGCCCAUGCCUGUGACAACCACACUGGCAGCUAUGUUCUUCAUGGCAGGAUCUCAAGCCAAUGCAUUCGCCUAUAACUCCGUCUCCUUUCGAGCCCACUACGCCAAACAGACUUACAACGUUGCGCAGUUAAUUGGCGAAUUCUGCUCUUUCGCUUCAUAUUGCUUGAUUUUCUAUGUAUUUUAUGCAAUUAUUCAUGUUUUUGCUGAGUGUGUCACGAAAAUCAGCACUAAAACUUUGUCGGUCUUUAAAUGUGUGCAUUGGGGGAUUGUGGGUCUCUUCGUGUUACUAUGCAUUGUUGACUGGGGCUACUACGUCGCCGCUAUUGACUCCGGAGUGAAGGAGAAGUCCAGCUAUGCACACCAAAUGGAUAUUUGGGAAAAGAUCGAUAGUGUACGUUGGGUUGUAUUCUGGGUAAGUGCCUGGGAGAUUGCAGGUUGGACUAUCUUCCUCGGCCUCAUGACAUCGCGCGAUCCAUCUUAUAUAAAGUUCAAGAUGUCGACAUUCCUUUUUGUUGCUGCGAGCGGCUGUUUCCUUGGCCUUAACUUUCUUUGGUUUAUUUGGGAUAUCCUCGCCUUCCUUCAAGGAUCAACUGUCAAUUUCAGUGACAAUGUGACUGGACCUGGGAAAACUGCUCGGCAAAUAGUGGUGUUUAUUUUCUUCCAGGGCUUUUCUCUUGGUCUUCUGCUAUGCUACUGGCGAUUUCCGGGACAAGAAUGCCAAAGUGAGGAGCCUGAACUUGGUUCUGUCCGAGGAGACCGCACGGAAUUAGUGCUUGCAGCGGGAGAGAGAAGCAAAAAGCCUUCUCGAUUUGUUGAGCAACUCACAAUGGAGAGUCCUGUAGAAGCAGACUCAACACCUUGCCUUAAAGAUCGGAGUACCGAGGCGGGCCGUUUUGAGCUCAUGGCAGAGUUGGAUUGGGAUGCGGAUAGCUCAAGGCCUAGGCUUGAAGCCGACCCAUUUCAUGUAUCUAAGAAAUAA